UAUUUGCGUUUUGUCUCCAUCUGGUGGUCAGAAGCGGAACCACCCUCAGAAUGAGUGUGGGGGAAAACAAAUCAGUGCCUGGUUGCUGAGUUUUAUUUCCCUGCAUGUAAAAGUUUUACAGGCAGAGCCACGGUCCGGUUCUGGUGUCAGUCCAGGGCGUCCUGCCUGCCCGGUUUCAAUCAGGAAUCAAGAAGCGUGUCGGGAUUGUACUCGAGGGGAGGAGGAGGUGAAGAAAAAAAAAAUUGCAGCCGCCAUCUUUUGGAAGUGACUGGGAGUGGAGAGUUAGCGCUUAACGCUAGCGUUCGGCUGUUGACAUCGGGAUUGUUUGGCAUUUAUGAUCUGAAGCUGCGUCCGAAAAACAACAACAACAACAUCCCAUGCAACACUCAUUUUUCAAUCCUGUCAUUUCAACGACUUGGAGGGAUUCCGCAGGGGCAGAAAAGGAGUAAUAAAUCCCCCUAUCCCAGGAGUUCAGCGGCAAAUCUGGGCUCCAGUCCGUCCGUGGCUCCAGGAGGCCAGUUGUUUGCUAACACUGCGCUUCCCUGGAUUACUGCGUCGGAGGCUAGGUGAAGGAACCAGCCGAGCCACCGCGUCCCUUCUCUGGACUUCUGGUUUGGGUCGAAACUGGCCGGUUGGACGGGUCCCUAUGCACACGCUGCCACUCUCUGGCAGAUGAGUCAUCAUCGGGGGCUUGCGCGUCGCAGUCGCACGGCCAGAUAGUCCCCUGCGAGCGCAGCAUGCCCUCCACCAGCAGGGCAGGGAACCUCAAGGACCCCGAGAUUGCAGACCUGUUCUUUAAGGAUGACCCUGAGAAGCUCUUCACUGACCUGCGUGAGAUCGGACAUGGCAGCUUCGGGGCUGUGUACUUCGCACGUGACGUGCGGACCGCAGAGGUGGUGGCCAUUAAGAAGAUGUCCUACAGUGGAAAGCAGUCCAAUGAGAAAUGGCAGGACAUCAUCAAAGAAGUAAAAUUCUUACAGCGAAUUCAGCACCCUAACAGCAUAGACUAUAAAGGAUGCUACCUACGCGAGCACACAGCAUGGCUUGUGAUGGAGUACUGCUUGGGUUCAGCUUCCGACCUCCUUGAAGUUCACAAAAAGCCCCUUCAGGAAAUUGAGAUUGCCGCUAUUACCCAUGGUGCUUUGCAGGGGCUUGCCUACCUUCACGCUCAUAACAUGAUUCACAGGGAUAUCAAAGCUGGGAACAUCCUGCUGACUGAACCUGGCCAGGUGAAGCUGGCAGACUUUGGUUCUGCCUCCAUCGCUUCUCCGGCCAAUUCUUUUGUUGGGACGCCAUAUUGGAUGGCCCCAGAGGUGAUUCUGGCUAUGGAUGAGGGGCAGUAUGAUGGAAAAGUAGAUGUCUGGUCUCUUGGGAUCACCUGUAUAGAACUAGCGGAGAGGAAGCCGCCUCUGUUCAAUAUGAACGCAAUGAGUGCCUUAUACCAUAUAGCGCAGAAUGAGAGCCCAACACUGCAGUCGAGUGAAUGGACGGAUUACUUCAGAAACUUUGUCGACUCUUGUCUUCAGAAAAUCCCCCAAGACAGACCACAAUCCGACGACCUGCUCCAGCAUGCAUUUGUUCAGCGCGAAAGACCAGACACUGUCCUGAUUGAGCUGAUCAUGCGGACCAAGGAUGCAGUCCGAGAGCUGGACAACUUGCAGUACCGCAAGAUGAAGAAGCUCCUUUUUCAGGAGGCCCACAAUGGGCCAGCAGCUGAAGUUCAGGAAGGAGAUGAGGAGCCUGAGCAUGGGGCUGGGCGUACAGGCACAGUGAAUAGUGUAGGAAGUAACCAGUCCAUCCCCAGCAUGUCCAUCAGUGCCAGCUCUCAAAGCAGCUCUGUCAACAGCCUUCCUGAUGCUGCAGAUGAUAAGAGUGAACUGGACCUGAUGGAAGGAGACCACACGGUCAUGUCCAACAGCUCGGUCAUUCACCUCAAACCUGAAGAAGAAGAGGUUUACCAAAAUGACCCGGAGGCACGUGGUCAUCCAUCAGAGGCCCAGGCAGCUCCAGCGCAGCCGCCCCCGCGCAAAUACCACCGCAACCGCGAGCACUUCGCCACCAUUCGCACAGCCUCACUGGUGACGAGGCAGAUGCAAGAACACGAGCAGGACUCUGAGCUGAGGGAGCAGAUGUCGGGCUACAAGCGCAUGAGACGGCAGCACCAGAAGCACCUGAUGGCCCUGGAGAACAAGCUCAAGGCCGAGAUGGAUGAGCACAGACUGAAGCUGGACAAGGAGCUGGAGACUCAGCGGAAUAGUUUCGCAGCCGAGAUUGAGAAACUGGUGAAGAAACAUCAAGCGGCCAUGGAGAAAGAUGCCAAGUCUUUUGCCAGCGAUGAGAAGAAGUUCCAACAGCACAUCCAGGUCCAGCAAAAGAAAGAGUUAAGCAGCUUUCUCGAAUCCCAGAAACGAGAGUAUAAACUACGCAAGGAGCAACUGAAAGAGGAGCUGAACGAGAACCAGUCGACCCCCAAAAAGGAGAAGCAAGAAUGGUUGUCCAAGCAGAAGGAGAACAUCCAGCACUUUCAAGCCGAGGAGGAAGCCAACCUGCUCCGCCGACAGCGGCAGUACCUGGAGCUCGAGUGCCGCCGCUUCAAACGCCGCGUCCUCAUCGCCAGACACAACAUAGAGCAGGACCUCGUGCGAGAAGAGCUGAAUAAGCGCCAGACCCAGAAGGACCUGGAGCAUGCCAUGCUGCUGCGUCACCACGAGUCCAUGCAGGAGCUGGAGGUGAGGCAGCUAAGCACCAUCCACAAGAUGAGGACCGAGCUCAUCCGCCUGCAGCACCAGACCGAGCUCACCAACCAGCUGGAAUACAACAAGCGCAGAGAGAGGGAAUUGCGCCGCAAGCACGUCAUGGAGGUCCGACAGCAGCCCAAGAGCUUAAAGUCCAAAGAGCUACAGAUCAAGAAGCAAUUUCAGGACACGUGUAAGAUCCAGACACGGCAGUACAAGGCCCUCAGGAACCACCUGCUCGAGACCACGCCCAAGUCAGACCACAAAGCCGUGCUGAAGAGACUGAAGGAAGAGCAGACGAGGAAACUGGCCAUUCUCGCCGAGCAAUACGAUCACUCCAUCAAUGAAAUGCUCUCCACACAGGCCUUGCGCCUGGACGAGGCCCAGGAGGCGGAGUGUCAGGUGCUAAAGAUGCAGCUCCAGCAGGAGCUCGAGCUGCUGAACGCGUACCAGAGUAAGAUCAAGAUGCAGACAGACGCGCAGCAUGAUCGUGAGAGGAAAGAGCUGGAACAGAGGGUCUCGCUGCGCAGAGCCCUCCUGGAACAGAAGAUCGAGGAGGAGAUGGUGACACUGCAGAACGAGCGCUCGGAGAGAAUCCGCAGCCUGUUGGAGAGACAAGCUCGUGAGAUCGAAGCCUUCGAUUCGGAGAGCAUGCGCCUUGGAUUCAACAACAUGGUGCUGUCCAACCUGGGCUCGUCUGACGGUCACAGCCACAGCUUUCCAGGUGCACCGGGUGCAUGGGGUUCACCGCACAGUACCGGAUCACAGGGGCCGCAAUGGGGGAGCAGCCAGCAGGGCCACCAUCAUCAUCACCACCACUACCACCACCACCACCAGCACCAUGCCAGCCAGAGCGGCUCCAUCCAGCAGCCAUGGGGACACAGCGGGCAUUCCCCCUGGGGACACCACGGCGCGGGUGGCAGCCAGCGGUCCAGCGGCAGCGGAGCACGGAACAGCCCUCAGGCGGCACACCGGACCUCAGCGGGAGGCCGCAGCGAGCAGGGCAUGAGCAGGAGUGCCAGCAUCGCCUCUCAGAUCUCCAACGGCUCGAACCUGUCAUACACAUAAACCACCCCACUCUAACACCCCCCUCCCCCACACACACACAUACGUGCAGAAACUCCUUCUCACACACACACACACACACACACACACACACACACACACAUAUAUAUACCUACGCCGAGAGGGGCAUGAUGCCAGGGUCAGAGAGGAGACACAGAGCUGUUUGGGGGUAUUUACUCCCACUGUCCCUCUUCUACAAUUAUAAUUUUUUUUGCAGUUGUGAAAACACGCCCCUGAAAACAAAAUGCACCUUAAUCCUCUUUGGGAACAGAUUCAAAGAGUUUAGAAAUCUCACUCCAAAGCUAGAGAAUGCACUGGAUAUGACAUGAAGUCAUUGUGACAGUGUCUUAAUAUGACCGAUGGAAUGUGUGUGCGUGUGUGUGUGUGUGUGUGUGUGUGUGUGUGGUUAUAAAUGUCUAAGAUAAAGAGCGCUGGUGUUCGAGCAAUUAUAGAGGCAUAUAUAUAUAUAUAUAUCAGGCAUAACAUUAUUAUAUAAUCAGUGUUAUUCACUUCACCGCUCAUAAUGUUAUUGACGUGUUGGAAAAAAGAAAUGGGCGAGCGUAAGGAUUUGAGCGC